AUUCAACCUUUUUGUGAUAUCAUCAUCAUCAUGUAUCAUGACCAUAACACAGCUAAUUAGCAACUCAUAAUAUACUCAAUAUUUUAUUCUUGAAUUCAUCUUCUUCUUCUCUCUAUUGUGUCAAAUAGAAUAUAGUUUUCAUAUAUUUCUGUGCCCAUUCCUGGUUGUCAGUCCUUGUAUCAGAAGUUAGCUACCAUUUGCACUAAUCCACACACCUCUCUCUUUCUUAAAACCCACGUCCGUGCCCUUCAAGCUACCAAACAGUGUAACCUAAGCUUCUUUUCUUCUUUCUCUUCUUUCCUUUUUCACAAAGGUAGUAGUGCAUGAUGAUGCAAGGAAGUGGAGAAUUAACAGUUCCUCCAGGGUUCAGGUUCCACCCCACUGAUGAAGAGCUUCUUUACUAUUACCUGAGGAAGAAAGUUUCUUACGAAGCUAUUGAUCUUGAUGUUAUCAGAGAAGUUGACCUAAACAGACUUGAGCCUUGGGACCUUAAAGAUAAGUGUAGGAUUGGAUCAGGGCCGCAGAAUGAGUGGUAUUUCUUCAGCCACAAGGACAAGAAAUACCCAACAGGAACAAGAACAAAUAGAGCAACUACAGCUGGGUUUUGGAAAGCAACUGGAAGAGACAAAGCCAUAUAUCACACAAAUUCCAAAAGGAUUGGUAUGAGGAAAACCCUAGUCUUCUACACUGGACGUGCUCCUCAUGGCCACAAAACUGACUGGAUCAUGCAUGAGUACCGUCUUGACGACGAUGAUAACGCAGAAGUUCAGGAAGAUGGUUGGGUUGUAUGUAGGGUUUUCAAAAAGAAAAACACAAGCAGAAGUUACCAACAAGAAAUUGAAGAAGAAGAUCACAUGAUUAACCACAUGAGAUCAACAAAUGGAGGUCCAUGCCACCAGAUGCUAGAGCAAAAACAUCAUCAUCACAUGCAACAAUUAGGACUAUAUGAUUACAACAAUAACAAUAACACCUUUGAUGGUACACUUCAUCUACCACAGUUAUUCAGUCCAGAAUCAUCAGCUCUAGCACCACCACCACCACCACCAACUUCCUUUCACAAUUCAUCCAUGGACAUCCUUGAAUGCUCUCAAAACUUGUUGAGGCUCACAACAACAAAUACUACCUCUGGACUUAAUCUCAUGCAACAACAGCAACAACAUCAACAAGGAGAGAGGUUGAUCAAUGGAGGUGAUUGGUCAUUCUUGGAUAAACUACUUGCUUCUCAUCACCAUGGCAAUAUGGAUCAGAAUCUCAGAAACAAGUUAUGCAACCCUCUUCAUAAUCAGCAGGCUGCAACUGCUGAUGUUGGAUCAACUUCAGCUCAGAAAUUUCCAUUUCAUUACCUUGGUUGUGAGCCUCAUCCUCAUGAUAUUAUGAAAUUUUCAAAGUAAUUAAUUGAGGUUAUGAUGAUGAGAACUUUGGUUUUCUAGUAUAAGUCUUUUUUUGUAAUUCCUGUUAGAUACUAUUUGUAAUUCCAUGCAUUAAUUUAGUUAAUUAUUUCUUUUGAGUAUGAAUUGUAUAUAUAUUUGCAUCACUUUUAUUCAAUCUGUUAAUUAAUGUA